AUCAUAUAUUUGUGCGCUUCAUGGCUUCAUUGUGCGCUUGUUGUUUGCACGUGUGUUGCAGCGGGAAGCUUGGCUGUAGUAAGUCUUGUUGUUAUUGCAAGUGGCGCAUUUAUUUAAUAGCUUGAAGUCUAGUCACACUAGUAACUGCGCACUGUUACGGAUCAACGCUCGGCUUGUCACUGUGUUGUGAUGUGAUUGUGCGCUGUGCAUUGGCGUGCGACCUCGCCGUGCUGUUUGCCGAUUCAUACUUGGGCCUCGGCGAGUCUCACCCUGUGUCACCGUGAUUAACUGCCUGUCAGUAGUGCUGCGAUGGUUGUGUGCGCGUCCUGUGGCGGCGAGGACUUCGAAGAAGUCUCGGGCCUCUACUACUGCUCCGAGUGCAACACCCAAAGCCAAGAGGUGCGCGUCGAACAAGUGGACGAUGAAGGUGCCGCACCACCUCCGCACGUCGGUCGCGCCUCUCCGCGGCAGUCGCGCAAGGAGAUGGGCAACAAGCCGCAGGAGAGCAAGCGCCACUACCAGACGAACGAACUGUUCAACAUGAUCCUCGUGCGCCAAGUCGACGCGCUGGUAUCGCUGGGCGCUUCUCCCGAGAUCCGCGGGGUCGUGUGUCGGCUGUGGAUGGACUACCUCGUCAAGCUAGAAGCGGUGAGUCGCGUCGAGGACGACGAGCGAACGCCCCGCCUCGGCGUCGCGAACCGGUGGAGCGACUUACGAACUGUCGAAGAGCUCCUCGCGACUUCCGAAACGAACGAACGCAAGCGUAAGAAACUGCAGAAAGCGCUGUUCGGCUCGGGUGUGCGGACGCGACUCAUGCCGCGCUCGUCUCGCCGUCGUAAGCAGCUGAGGAACCGCUGCGCGGCCUCUCGAGCGCACAACCACGACUCGGAGUGCGAGGACAUCUUGGAAGAAGAGGCCGCCGCAGCUACGGAAGGAGAAGAGGUCUCCGAUGACGAGUGGGAGGACUUUAGGUCGACAGCCGCCAAGGAGUAUCUCGACCACGUGUCCAGCCGUGGCGUCAACGUGCACGACAAGAAAGUCGGCCGGGAAACUGAGGUGACCGUGGUAACUCUCCAGCGGCUUUUGUGCGUUCUCUAUUUAGGCGUUUUGAUUACGGGAGAUCCCAUCUUGCUGACUGAUAUCUUGAGGUGGGCCCGGGACGGGCACCUGCCGUACCUGCACGUUGUGAAGUUCCUGCCCGAGGACGCCAAGCUGUGGGGCCAGCAGUGGCGAACUUUCGUGAGACUGGCGAUGCCCACGAUUGACGAGCUUGCAGUGCAGGCGGCCCAUUUGGCUCACUUCCUCGGAGUCCGGCACGAGCUGAAACAGCCGCCACUCCUACCGAUCGUCAUGCGCCUUGUGGCGGACCUCAACCUCCCUCUGGAGUUCGUGAACGUCUGCGAGCAAGUUCUUCGCACCCAUCCCGACAUGGUAACUCGCUGGGAUGCGCCUCCCCCACGAACAGCACGCUCCGUGCCCCUCUUCUCUCCCGUCUGCGAAGUCAGAGCUGCGGCUCUCCUGCUACUGUCACUGAAGCUUACUUUCGGGCUAAAUGGCAGCAGGGAGAAACGGCUGUCGCAAGCCACCGAAGAGUUGGCCAGCCGCCAUCCCGGAGCAAACCUGUUUGUGUGGGCACGCUGGGAGAAACACAUGCGCUCCAGGGUCCUUUUGCUGCGUUCGAGCUGCUACAUCUUCGAGCCUGAGGAUCUUGAUGACAUCAGGGACGUGGGUGUCUUGUUUCGUCAUCCUGACAGCAUUCCAGGUGACCGUUGCAUGGUCACAAAGGCACUAAGGGAGGGUUUGCAGAAGUCAUUUCGGGAGAUGCAUGAGAGGGAACUUGCCUUUAAAAGCGUGCCUGCAACUAGCUUUGCAAUUUCGCCAGCCAUACGUUUCUUCUCGGAGAGAGUGGCGGUUUCUUCAGGGCUGAGGGUAAUAUUGGAGGAAUCAUUUCUUGACCAGGACGUGAUGUAUCUCACCCGUGCCAGCGAUGGUGUCGCAUCUCUCGGAGGUUGGGCUGAGUUGUGCCAAAGGGAGCCAGAGUUUGCGGCCAUUGUGCAAGACAGUUGUGACCGGUACUGGACGGUCGCAUUGAGGAGAGUUUAUGAUAUGAAGUAUUCCACCAUUGUGCAACACUCGCUUCCUAAAGUUUUCCUUUUUCUAUUAGAGGUGAUUGCAGCCAUUACACAUUGCCCCCCGAAGGAGCUGUAUAGGGACCUUUUGCGGAUUGAAGCGCUAUUUGUGAGGCAAGACCGUGUCCUUUAUACAUAGCAUGUGCUUCAGUGUCCUAAUAUUUAUUGCAAAAACUUAUGCUUUAAUUAUUUACAUUGUUGCACGUUGUUAUGUAGGCUUGUGGGUUGAGGCCAUGGCAUGACAUGUGAGAUAUGCAUUUUUCAGCUCUGGCAAUAGUUCUUUUUUCUUUUGUAUUGUGAGUAUUACAAUGUAACACCUAAAUUCAAAAUCAAGAAUCGGGCUGACAGAUGGAGCAG